CGUCUACAUGGUUUUCUUUCGUCUUCCUCUUCCUCAGUAAGCUUUCUUUCGCCAACGUACCUGAAUCCGCUGGGAUAUAGGAAAUCUGGUACUCAAGAUAGAACGAAGGAGGGCGGGAUUUAAGCUUUCGUAGGAUAUCAAGUUGUAAUUGUGGCUGUUUGGCAGCUCUUAGGUUAAACUCCACUCAAAUCGUGUUACGAAACAGCCCUUCACCUCGCCUCCUCUCAUGGAGGAAUGGGGAGAGGAUUCAGGCAACCCGGAGCUGACUGAGAAACAGAAGAAGGAGAUCGCCAAAUGGUUCCUCACUAAUGCCCCUGCCGGCGAGAUCCAGUACAUUGCAAAGGAUGUUCGGCUGCUCAUUGAAGACGACAGAUUGUACAAUAUGGCAGCGGCCGAGGCGUUCCCUCUCUAUAACAAGGCCCACCUUAUUGCACUUGAGAUGCCCGAUAGAAGCGGCGAUGUAAUAAUAUCAUCUUUUGGUGAAAUUGGUAAGGAUAACUUCUUUGAUCCUAGGACUGCUCAGGUUGCCACAGUGGAUCAUAUGAAACAGGUUUGCACAAAGGUACGACCUGCUAGUGAUGAAGAGCUUCCAUCAGCCUAUGUUGAGGAGUUUCGGUUUACUCUGGAUGCUGAACUCUGCAAAUAUGUUGCUGAUACCUAUCCAAAAGGAACUUGUGCAGUUUAUUGCACUAGAGGAAAAGAUGUGGAUGGUCCAGGUGUUGGCUUUGAUUUUGCUGUUGUGAUUUCUGCUUCACGGACUAGCCCACAAAAUUUCUGCAAUGGAAGCUGGCGUUCAAUAUGGACUCUCGAAUUCAAGGAUGAUUUGCAAGUUGUUGAAGUAAAAGGAAAGAUGCAGGUUGUUGCACACUAUUUUGAGGAAGGAAAUGUGCAGCUGGAUGCUAAAAAUGAAUGUAGGGAUUCCACCCUGUUUCAGUCACCAGAAGAUUGUGCUGUAUCAAUAUCAAACAUAAUUCGCCACCACGAAGCAGAGAAUAUGGCAUCUCUUGAGGAAUCUUAUUUGCAUUUGCCGGACACAACUUUCAAGGACCUUAGGAGGAAGCUUCCUGUUACUCGGACACUAUUCCCAUGGCAGAAUACUUUGCAGUUCAGCUUAACCAGAGACAUCUCAAGAGAACUUGGAAUUGGAAAGUGAAGUUGUGACUCGGCCGUAUGGUUGGAAAUUCUUUUUAUGCCUCUGCUUCUUACCCUCCUUUGUCAUUGCCUUAUAUUGCUAUAUGAUUGUUACUCUCUUUUUAGCAGUAAAUAUGUUCACCCUUCCAUCUCCUCUUUUGCGCCUUGCAUUAUCAUAUUAAACUAGUUUUUUAUUUUUUAUUUUUUAUUUUUCUUUGUAAAGGAAUAUUUUUGUUUGCCGAUACGCUUGAUUUUUCCACAUCUUUUUUCCCCCUC